UAUGCCCCACUAUCUAUAGAUUUUCCUGCUAGCUCUGAAAUUAAACCACGAGGUUCCGGAAUCCGGCGUCAGCUGUUCCAUUGCAUCAGAGGAAAAUACAUGUAAUUUGGCAGGGGAAUUUGAACGUGAAACCAGUGAAACUAUUCCAAUCAUGAGUGGGGACAACUAUGUCAGCAUACCGGACAACUUUCAGGGUUACAAGCUGGAACACUUCUGUAUCCCGCAGCACUACAAGGGGGAUCUGGAGUCUGUCUUCCUCCCUUGUGGCCUGGUGCACGACAGGAUUGAACGGAUGGCUCAAGACAUUGUGCAGCACUACAACGAGAAGCCGUUCCGGGCGCUGUGUGUGCUCAAGGGUGGCUAUCGCUUCUUUGCUGACAUGCUCGACAGGAUCCGACAGUACUACCAUUUCGGAAUCUCGUCAGCACCGUUCUCCACGGACUUCAUUCGAGUAAAAAGCUAUGUGGAUGACAAGUCAACUGGCAAUGUGACCGUGGUUGGACUGGACAAUAUGGAGUGUCUAAAGGGAAAGAACCUCCUGAUUGUAGAAGACAUCAUUGACACUGGAAGAACCAUGGCUGCUUUGCUAGAGCACCUCAAGACAUUUGAGCCUAAUGAAAUCAAAGUGGCUAGGUGGACUUUAAUGGAUAUCAGUGGUCAUAACAGAUUGUACGAGAUUAAAGCCAAAUUCUUCAUAUUUCCCUUGCUUUUUUUUUUCAACAGUUUGUUUGUUAAGAGAAGUCCUGGAUCCAGUGGCUACAGACCUGACUAUUGUGGCUUUGAGAUCCCUGACAAGUUUGUUGUUGGGUAUGCCCUGGACUACAACGACCAUUUCCGUGACCUUAGUCAUGUGUGCACCAUCAGCAACCAAGGAAAGCAAAAAUAUGCAGACUCCAACGGGACGCUUUGAGCAGUGCCCGACUGUCUUGAGGAUGUCUGGUCUACAGCCAAAACGUUACAAAGGACUAAUUGUUAUUUUUUAUUUUGCUUUAUUCUGAGGGCUGGACAAAAAGCCCUAGGCUUUUUUAGUAGUGCACUGAAAAAGAUGUCUACAUAUCCGGAUGAAAGAAAACAUCAAUGCACUCUCGAAAUUUUCCUUCUAGUCCAAAAAUGUCAGUAUCAAGAUUACCUCAGCUAGAUUCAAAUUUGUUGAAAGCCCGUGGCAAAUGAGCCAUGGGAUCAGUUUUGUACAAAGGAAAAGGUUAAAUAAGGAGUGAACACGGCUUAGCCUCCGAGGUACUCGGAAACAUGCACUGCUCAGGAGCGCCGGCAAGUCUAGCCAACCCUUUAAAACAUUGUCCAGGAGCAUAAAAUCCUGAAUCAUCCCUCUAUUACACGAAAAUUUGAAGCCAGUCAGAUUACAAAUUCUGUUAUAGUCAUAAAAUACACUGGGUUGUAAAUAAUGAUCAUAAAACACACAUAAUUUAUCUUUGGAUAUGCUCAAUACUAGACAAUUUGGUCACUCCAAUGGAGUUUCACACAACAUUCAAUCUUAAGGUGGCAUUGUACAAGGGAAUGAAAUAACAUGAGAAAACAAAUGCAGUUCCUAAAGGUGUCAGAUACAUGCUUUAUGACACCUAAAGUGCAUAGAGACGAAUUGACAACAUGCAUAACGAUUGAAAGAAAUCUCAGUAUCUAUAUAAACACCCAAGUCCCGAGUCAGACACACAUGACUAAUAACUGUAAUAUCUAAAGUGUAGCACAAUUUCAUGAUGUCAUGUUUUCUACCUAGAGAAAUAACUUGUAUUUGAUUCGUUCAUAACAAGACCUUUAGACAAGCACCACUUGGAGACAGAACACACAUCGCAUUGAAGAGAUAUAGGCAAUUACUUCAUGUUGCUUGAGUACAUAGCAGAUGUCAGCAUAUUUUUACCAACUGUUACUAAUAACUUGUGUGGACUGGUUGAUUGUUAGAUGUCCACUUCUUACAUCUUGCAUUUAGCACAUAGUCAUGAAAUAAGGAAGUGGAAGUUGAUUAAAAUCUGUGUGUUUGUUUUCAGGCGAGACAUAAGACUGACCUGACCCAGUGAAAAUAUUUGUUAUGCCAGACAAAUGAUUGUCAGGUGUUCUAGUUUGUUUCGCUGAGUAUUCAUUCCAUAAUGCUCAGGGGGGAGUAUGUAGCUGUAAACACCUGCAGUCUGAAAAUGCAUGCAUAUACCAGUUUUCGUCAGAAACUGGGCAUUUUACUUAUAGUGAGAGCUUAAAACAACAUUGUUAUGAACAGUUUUGAAUUCGAGAUUAUAGCCUUUGUUUAUACAUAUAAGUCUGGUUUUGUACUUUGUAUUUUUGCCGGUUUUGUACUCUCCUAGUUUCGUCGCCAAAGGAUAUUUGUUUGGUGUGCAUAGUAAUAUUUUGAAAAGUAAAACUACCUAAUUGGA